CGUCUUCAUUUGCUUCGCCGAGAAGGGAGGUUUUGCUUCGCCGAUACCAUUUUCACUCACAGAGAGAGGGAGAUCCAGCGUUAGAUGGCUCUAACGACGCGUCAGAGGCGUGCUCUGCCGUCCGAUCUUCCGUCUCCGUCGACGAGGUCGUACACGAAGACUGACAAGCCUGGACGAUCUGACGGCGGCGAUGCGGCGGCGGACGAUCGCGGAUUGCGGUGGUUCUUGCCAUUGAUGGCUCUUGGGUAUCUUCGUUACAUGAGCGCAAGUUCGAACAUCGUCCAUGACUGCGACGAGGUGUUUAAUUACUGGGAGCCUCUCCACUUUCUUCUCUACAAAUCGGGGUUUCAGACAUGGGAAUACAGUUCCCAGUUUGCACUCCGAUCAUAUUUAUACCUUCUUUUCCACGAACUGGUGGGUCGACCUGCUUCUUGGUGGUUUGGUGACGAGAAGGUUAGAGUGUUCUAUGCUGUGAGACUCUUUCUCGGUCUUGUUUCUGCUGUCUCAGACACUGUUCUGGUAGUUGCACUUUCCAGAAAGUAUGGGAAACGUCUUGCUACAUAUGCACUUGCAAUGCUCUGCCUUACCAGUGGGUGCUUCUUUGCUAGCACCAGUUUCCUCCCUAGCUCAUUUUCUAUGUAUGCCAUGAGUCUUUCGUCGGGAUUGUUUCUUCUCGAGAAACACGCUAUGGCUGUUGCAGUUGCAGCCGUUGGGGUUAUUCUGGGCUGGCCAUUUUCCAUCCUUGCCUUUUUGCCGAUCACGAUUUAUGCUUUGGUUAAAAGAUUCAAGCAAACAUUUAUCUCUGGCGCUGUCACCUCUGCUUUUCUCCUCGGACUCUCAGUACUUGUGGAUUUCUAUUAUUACAAAAGACGGACAUCUUCUGUUAUGAAUCUGUUAAUAUACAAUGUCUUGGGAGGUGGAGAGAGCCAUCUCUAUGGUACUGAAGGGCCGUCAUUUUAUCUGAGAAACGGGUUUAACAACUUUAAUUUUUGCUUUGUUCUGGCCAUAUUGUUUGUUGGUAUGUAUCCCGUUAUCAGGAGAAAGUAUAACUGGGAUCUUCUUGUCGUGAUAUCACCUAUGUAUAUUUGGCUGGCAUUCAUGUCUCUUCAGCCACACAAAGAAGAAAGGUUCCUUUAUCCGGUAUACCCUCUUAUAUGUGUCUCUGCUUCUGCUGUUAUCGAGAACAUUCCAGAACUAUUCCGAGACAAGUAUAGCCGGCAGGAUAGUCUCCUUGUUACAAUAGCUAAAUACCUCCGGCCUGUGGUUCUGGGCCUUAUAUUAUGUGUUUCACAUGCUCGUACCUUCUCUCUGAUUAAUGGCUACUCCGCUCCAUUGGAGAUUUACAAGCUACUCGAGCACCACGACGAUGUAGAACCAGGCUCUGUUCUGUGCGUGGGAAGUGAAUGGCAUCGGUACCCGUCAUCGUUUUUUGUCCCGAGCUUCAUCGGUGAAGUAAGAUGGAUCGAUGAUGGAUUCCGGGGUCUUCUUCCGUUCCCGUUUAACGACACACUUGGUGGUACUGCUUCAUCACCUCCAUACUUCAACAACAAGAACCAGGCAUCAGACGAGCAAUACUUAAGGAACAUCGAAGCGUGUACAUUCCUCGUCGAGUUGCAGCUUAGCAGGCCUUACCCGUACCGUGGAAGCGACUUAUCGACAUGGGAGCCGAUAGCGGUGUUGCCGUAUCUGGACAGGGAGCUGUCGCCGGCGACGUACAGGUCGUUUUUCAUACCGUACAAGUGGCAGGAGAAAAAUGUAUUCGGCAAGUACUCUUUGCUUAGGAGAGUUCCCAAAUAGUUUCCUAAACCCAACAAGAAAAACAAAUUUCUUUAGUCGCAAGCCUUCUUCUUUUGCUCCUUCCUUUGUGAAACCAAGCUGUCUAACUAAUCACAGUUUGACCAUUUCCUCUUUUGCCAUCGUGUUUGAAUGUUUGAUCGUU